CGCCACUUAGCUCCUGAUACGUUCUUUGACAUCUUUGGAAUGGAGAUCCAGGAGUUUGACAUGCUUCCUCUGUGGAAACGCAACGACAUGAAAAAGAAGGCCAAACUCUUCUAGCGGUCAGGACAGCAUGCGCACACUCUGUACGCUCAUUCAGAGAUGGACACGCCACCAACUGUACUCUAGGUGUAGGGCUUUUUGUCUUUCUUCAUUUCCUUCGCUUCGUUUUGUUUGUUUUCGGCCAUUCUUUGUUUUUUUGGGGGGGUUAUGUCUGGCAUAAUCAAGGAAGCAGAGAAAUUGAUCCUUUUUUUUCCUGAGGCUUCAAAAUGGGGACUGAGAGCUGAUUGGUUGAUUCAGGUGCCGUCAGAUGAGAAGUAAAUUGAAAAAUCAAAGAAUGAAAAUGAAUGAAAAUGGGGGUCAUGUUAUUGUAUUAUUAUUAUAAAUUUGAUAUUUUGCGCUUAUUUUUCUUCGCGCUUUGCUUUGAAUGGAAAUGCUUUACUUUUAUUUUUGGUUCUCUUGCUUGUUUGUUCCUACUCUUUGUUGCUGUUGAUUCCUGUAGAACAUUGUAAGCAUUGUAGAAUUUCAUGGCCACCAUUAUGUCCAUGCGAUGGGCUGUAGUACUGGGUCACUUUAACCUCCUCACCCGAUCUAAAGGCACCCCCAUCCCAGUACCGCCUGCUGGUGAUAGUGAGUAGUAGGGCUCGGUGAGUCUUCAGAUGAAGAAGCCACUGGCCAGCUCGUCUACUCACUCAUUUACUGGUUACAAUACCACAAAGGCUGACUUACUCAUGGACACUGUUCUAUCCCCAGUCAACUAUGUACAUGCCAUGCUAUUCUGACCCCUGACGAAAAACACAUCUAAAAUCUCUUGUCUCUUCUCAGGCUUUCAUAAAACAUGGCCAGAUCCUUUCCCUGUUCAGUUGUACUGGGAGGAUAGUGCACUAUCGAGGUAUUACAGUCCCGUAUCAAACGUAAUCUAAACUAGAUUUUAAAAAAGAAUACCCAAAUGUAAGGAGCAACUGUAUUUGAAAUUGCUGUUUUAUAAAUAAAACUCACACUGCCAUUUGUUGUAUUGAAAUCUAAGCCAAUAAAGCUUGAAAUCACCUUAAUCCACAUGGUCCGCAGCUGUACCGAAAGCAUCCUCUGCCUGAAUUAUUUUCUCUGGUUUGAUGCUUUGGGUUUUAUCCAUGACCACAACAUCCUUAAACUAAGGUAAGGGGGAUAACAUUGAGUUUCUGAGAUGGCACCAGACCUGGAAGAUUCACACUCGCACAACCCCACAUAAUUCACAGGAUUCGUGGCUAUAUGAGUGGAUUUGUGCCGAUAUUUUUGAUGGAAAGAUUCAUCUUUGACACAGAAUCAUCUUCUAAAUAUCCCAGGGGAGCUUUUCAAUGAAUGGACAAGAAAACAAUAAUUAUGUUGUAAAUAUGUAGACUGUAAAAAAUUGUACAAUUCAUACUUAAAAUAAAUCAACUGUAUGGACAUAUCCUGGUAAUUUAAUUAGUUUAUAACAAACAACGAAAGCCAGGGCCUGUGAUUGGACUUGUGGUCCGAGCACUGAUUGAAUAAAGUACAUUUUUCAUUCAUUAUUUUAUUUCUCCAUGAUUAAGUCAAACACUGACGUUUGUGUGGAAAAUGUCUUCUUACCUGCUUCACUUCAGGGCGUACUAAUAUGUUAUUAUCCAUUAUUAAUAACUCUGUCUCAGCUUUGUUAAUUUUCUAAUUAGAAAUAGACUGAAUCGGAUUUAAAAAAUCUUUUUCCAGUUCUAGAGAUACAAGUCAACAAUGAACAGCCAAAUAAACAAGUAUUAGUAAUGUAAAUACAUUAUUAUAAGGUUGGUAAAUGCUACCAGGGAGGCGGUAAGCACUGAAUGCCUGACUGCAGGUGAUGCAGCAGGGAAACAAUUCUCUCAAGUUUCCAUUACACAUUGGAUUGCGACAUUUGCAUGAUCAUUAUAAGCUAAUUGUUACUUGAAUGACCACAUGUUCCAAGUCAAUUUAAAGGUGCGAUAUGUGACAUUGACACAGAGCGUUUAAAAAGGGUAUUGCAUUUCCUGCUCCACAUUAUUAAAGGGUGUUGUCUCUGGCUGGCCCCUCCCACUCUGGCCUGAAGUUCACGCGUUUUGCCAGGUUUAGGACACCGCCAAAUCGAGCUCAGGCAAGCCGAGAGCAACAUAAUAUUUUAAGACGAGUGCACUUACAUCGUAUGACAAUGACAAGCGACGACAAAUCCAGCACUGUAAAUUCAUUAGCUAAUGCAUACAUUUGCAAUUUAUUUAUUGUUUGCAAUGAACAAUAAAUAAACCAGCUCAUGCGGCAUCUGCCUUGAAAUCCUUCGGAGCCCUGAGCCGUCUCCAUCGGUUGUUAGGGUUGGGUAGAAUCUAGUACAGCAGCAGUGGAUCCUGUUUGUUUGCUUGCUUGCCUUGGCUGCAGCCCGCUGUGUUUGUGGGUCAGUUUGUUUCACAUGUGCCAACCCCGGGGGAUGGGGAAAAGUGACUCACAGGCCAAAACAAAAGCAAACGUUACCAACCAGAACAACAUUUCACAGGAGAACAUACUGCCUGUUUCAUUGUGGUCGGAGAUGCCAGUAUUUCGACUUGGCAUGGUUCUUUAAUCUCUGAUGACAUAUUAUGGUCAUUUGUUUAGUACAGUGCAUUUGUUACAUGUAGCUCCUUAAAUCAAAUUUACCGAUUCAAUAUUUGCUAAACUUCUCAAUACUGACUAGUAGGUGUUUUUUUUAAGAUAUUGAAUGCAUAUAAUGACAUCAUUAUAAUAGCAUACCAGAAUAGACUUUCUCAUAAGAACUUCCCAUCCAAAGACUGCAUUAGCAUACUUGAAUGGUUUCAAGCUCAUCCCGUUAGCAUAGCAAACACAUCGUGUUACAUUAUGAGUAACUACCAUGUCUAAAAUGAACUACUCAGCAUUGGAACAGAACAUAAAUGAACCAGACAUGCUGGCCACAACUACUCAUACUAUACCUCACAUAGAUUUUCCCUUCCAGAAGGUAAGGCAGUGGAAAAAAAGGCUAAGAAUCUAUGUCAUUGUCCUAGCGCUUCUAGCCUCAUGUACUCUAUAGAUUUAACUAGAAUCACGUUAAAUGUCUCUGAAAACCCUCUCUGCAGGAGACGCUAGAAAGACGUCGGGAGUGCCUAACACGACAAAGAGACGCAGUCAAACACAGACUGAAGAAUCUGGCCACGCGCCAGUCAAAUAUCACAGUAAGACCUUCCAGACUGUUCCAAUACUAUCCCUCUUUGGUUGUGUACACUGUAAGAUGUUAAGUUCUGUGUACCGGAUGAAGCGAUCCCAUGUACCUGACCCCAGUGGUGGAUGACUUGUACUUGCCUCAGAGGAGGUCUCUGGCCAUAAAGGAGAGCAUCAUCAGGAAGUAUGAGGAGCUCCAGAAGGUUCUGGAGGAGGACCUGAGGCUCACGCUGGCCUUCCUUGAUGUGCAGGAGCGAGCGGCCGUCUACGCCCUGGACGGACUCAUGGAGAGCAACUGCUCUCUCAUCCAGGAGAUAGAGCAGGACCUGGCCAGGACCACUGCCCAAAUGGCCCAGGAGGACAUGCCCACCGAGGAGAUGCAGGAAACAGAGAUCGUGAAAAGGAUCAGCCACCUUCUCAACAGCACAGACCCCAGCAGCGUUAGCCUGGAUGAGGCCAUGGCAGACCAGAUCCUCAGCCUGACCGACCGCAUGUUCCAACUCAUCCGAUCUCAGACGCCAAUCACCAAGCAACUCAUCAAGGCCUAUUCCAGCCAGGUGUCCCUGGACCCGGAGACGGCCCACCCCAAACUCCUCAUCUCGCCCGGGGGCGACCGCGCCACCUACACGCAGGCCUGGCAGGAAGUGGCCGACCUCCCGGGGCGUUUCGACAGCACCCUCAACGCCAUCAGCCUGCAGGGCUUCAGCGACGGCCGCCAUUACUGGGAGGUGGACGUGACUGGGAAGACCUACUGGGAGCUGGGCCUCACCUACCCCACCAUCGCCCGCAAGGGCAACUCCGAGGACUGCUGGCUGGGGCGGGGCAAGGAGUCCUGGUGCGUGGAGUUCUUCGACGGCGAGUACACGGCCUGGCACGGCGGCGUCCCCCACCAGCUUCCGGUCACGCGGCGCUUCCGGCACAUCGGGAUACUGUGCAGUUUCCCGGCGGGCAUGGUGACGUUCUUGGGGGCUGACGACAUGACCCCGCUGUUCUGCUUCUGCGCCGGAAGCUUCACGCACCCGCUGCACCUGGCGGUGUGUCCGGGACACGACCACAACGGGGCAAACGUCAACCCCAUCGUGAUCUGCAGCGUGACUUGACCGACCCUUUGUUAGGCUUUGUAGUGCGCUGCUAUUGAUGUCCUUGUUUUUUUCCUGUUUUAUCAGGAAAGUCUUAUGAGUGGAAUUGCUGAUCGGUUUAUUGUCGGUUGGUUAUUUAUCGUUGUUGAUUUUGUUUGGGUUAACUUUAUCGGUCACCACCGGUUCGUUCUAACAAAAUACAUUUUCUGAAUAUAGAUUUGAAACAAUAAUGGAAUUUAGAUUUGAAACAAUAACGGUUUAGUUAAACCUAAACCAGAAAAGUUCUCGGAAUUUAGGGCUGCUGUAGAGUCCUGGGCGGUAUUCAGUUGAUUGCAAUCUGCAACCUCACCACUAGAUGCCACUAAAUCCUACACACUGCGCCUUUAAAUCAAUCUCACCAAUAUCAGCAGGUGACUUCAAAUGGAUUGGCCAAUGUCUACAUUCAAACAGAUAGUACGCUCUUUACCAACAUGCACUCUGGAACGUUUGCAAUGACCUAAGUUGCACCCACCUACUCAUUUUCACUCGAUUUUAAAAUGAAAUAAAAAGGGAAAUCUGAGAAAAGGCAUAAAAUGCCUCAUGGGUUUGUAAGUUGUAUUGUAAAAAAAUGUGUAGCUAAAGUAAAGUCUGUUUCUAUUUUAUCAAAUAAAAUAAGAGGAAAAU